AACGGGAGCGGAAUUAAGGAAUAAACCCGAGCGGACAGGCAGUGGGGCCGCGGAGCUCUUCCACCUCCCCUUCCUUCCCGCUCGCCUGCGCCGCCCGCCUGGGGGGACAGCGCGGGACGCGGAGCCGGGGCGCAGCGGCGGGACGACAAUGCAGCAGGCGGAGAAAGCAGGAGGGGCAGCGCACGGCAACAUGGAGGGAGGCGCGGAGCGGGCCAGCCCCUGAUGCGGCUCUUUCUCCUCCUCCUCCGGGCAGCGGCUCCGGCGGCGAUUCUCUCCCUGGCGGCGGCUGGCGGCGGCGGGUGGAAAUGAGCAGGUCGGCGGCGCUUCUCCUCUGCCUGCUGGGCUGCAACGUGUGGAAGGCGGUGACCAAAACCUUAGGGGCGCCCGAGGCGGCUCAAGAAGUAACGCUGAAGGUCCAUGUAAGCGAUGCCAGCACCCAUCAGCCAGUAACUGAAGCCUUCAUUGAGAUUUUUACCAACCAGGUCUCCAUUGCAUCUGGAACCUCAGGAGCAGAUGGCACUGCCUUCCUCAAGUUUCAGUAUAAGUUGGGCAAUCAGCUGAUAGUGACUGCUAGUAAACAUGCAUAUGUGCCAAAUUCUGCACCAUGGAAACCUGUAAGAUUGCCUGUGUUCUCCUCACUGAGCCUUGGCCUUCUUCCUGAACGCUCAGCUACUCUGAUGGUCUAUGAUGAUGUAGUCCAGAUAGUCUCAGGAUUUCAAGGUGCCCGGACUCAGCCACAAGUUCACUUUCAGAGAAGAUCUGUGAAAUUACCAGAGAACACUAGCUACAGUGAUUUGACAGCAUACCUGACUGCAGCCAGUUCACCCUGGGAAGUGGACAGUUUCCCUUAUUUGCAGGGAUUAGAUGGAAAUGGAACAGGAAACAGCACCAGGUACGACCUCACCCCUGUCACUGCCGUCAGCGUCCACCUCCUGAGCAGUGAUGGCAGCCCCGUCCCCGUCAACGGCCCCAUCUACGUAACAGUGCCUCUGCCAGCAAACAGCAACCUGAAACACAAUGCACACGUCCCAGCAUGGAGGUUUGACCAAAAAUUUGGGACAUGGCUGAAGAGUAGUUUGGGCAUUGUACAACAAGAAGGAAAUCAGUUGACUUGGACUUAUAUUGCACCUCAGCUGGGCUACUGGGUUGCAGCUAUGUCACCUACUAUCCCAGGUCCCGUUGUAACACACGACAUUACCAGCUAUCACACAAUGUUUCUUUUGGCAAUUUUAGGAGGGAUGGCUCUCAUACUUCUAGUCUUGCUGUGUCUGCUUUUGUAUUAUUGCAGAAGAAAAUGUCUAAGACCACGUCAACAUCAUAAGAAACUGCAACUUCCGACAGCACUGGACACUUCUAAGAAGGAUCAAGCGACCUCAAUGUCCCAUAUAAAUUUAAUAUUUUCACGUCGUGAGUCAGAAUUUCCAGGUGGAUUGUCUGUUGCUAGCAAUGGACAUGCUGAAAACUCAGGGGCAAAGGAAUUAAUCAGUGCUGUCCACAUGGAGAUGGUAUCUCCUACUGGAGAAGCAGAUAUGCAUACACCUAUGCUCAAACACUCCUUCAGUACUUCCCAGGAGUUUAGCUCCCGAGAGGAACUGCUCUCUGACAAGGAGAAAGACAAGAGCAGAAUUUCCUUGGAUGACCUGACUCCCAGUGGGUCUCUAAGAAAAGACUACCACAAGUCAGCAGAUAGUUUUCCUCUAAAGACAAGAAAAUCUACAGAAACAGCUGAAGGCUAUGAGUCCCCUAUCAAAGAGGAGUAUAGGAGAAGUUACAAUGCUAUGCUGUCUCAGCCUUUAUUUGAAAAGCAAGAGAGAGAAAUUCAAGUAUCUAUGAACCAUAUUGCUACUGGAAGUAAAUACAAUAUUCAGGAACAAAUAUACCCCACACCUUCAGCCCCUGAAAAAGAGCUGCUGGACUGCAGACCUACUGAUUGUAUGAUGUCUCGUUCAGUUGAUCACCUUGAAAGACCUACGUCUUUCCCUCGACCAGGUCAGUUAAUCUGCUGCAAUUCUGUCGACCAAGUCAAUGACAGUGUUUACAGAAAGGUUUUGCCUGCACUGGUCAUCCCAGGUCAUUACAUGAAGCUGCCUGGAGAACACCCUUUUGUUAGCCAGCCCCUGGUUGUCCCAGCUGACCAGCAGAUUGAUAUAGAAAGACUUCAGGCUGAGCUUCCUAACCCUCACGCACGGCUCUUCCCACACCCUGCCCAGCAGCUGCAGCCCCAGCAGUUGGCAUCCCAAGCAAUAUCUCAGCAACAUUUGCAAGAUGCAGGUGCAGCUGAGUGGAGUCAGCAAAACGCUUCCAUGUCUGAAUCUAUUUCCAUUCCUGCCUCUCUUAACGAUGCAUCCCUGGCUCAGAUGAAUAGCGAAGUGCAGCUUCUUACAGAAAAGGCUUUGAUGGAAUUGGGAGGUGGGAAGCCAUUGCCUCACCCUCGAGCAUGGUUUGUUUCUCUAGACGGGCGUUCCAAUGCUCACGUUAGACAUUCAUACAUUGAUCUCCAAAGAGCUGGCAGGAACGGGAGUAACGACGCCAGUUUGGACUCCGGUGUUGACAUGAAUGAACCGAAAUCUGCCCGAAAGGGAAGAGGAGAUCAUCUGUCUGCACCUCAGAGUCACCCCGCAGUGCAGGAGCACCAGCAGAGAGAGCGCAAGGUUUCAGACAGCACAGCUUACACACAGCUCGUGUACUUGGAUGACAUGGACCAAAGUGGCAGCGAGUGUGGAACAGCCGUGUGCAGCCCUGAGGACAAUGCUCUCCGGUGCCUCCUGGAAGGCACCAGUAAGAGAAGUGGUGUGCAGCUGCCCAGCCUGCAGGAGGAAACCAGAACUGUGGAUACCAAACCAGAGCCAUUAACUAGUCCUGAACAUGGAACAUCCGUUCAAGAUGAUGAUGAUGAAGAUGAGGAGGAUGAGGAAGAUGACCAAGGGGAAGAUAAGAAGAGUCCUUGGCAGAAACGAGAGGAAAGACCACUAAUGACUUUCAAUCUAAAAUGAGCUAUUGUGAAAAUCCACCCUUCAGUGGAGUAUAAAAUUGCCAAAUAUCCUUUCUGUGGAAGUGCUUGAUAUUUUUUUCUUUUUUUUUUCUUUUUUUUUUUAUAUUGUGGAGAGAAAAGAGAAAAACAAACUGUGGUGAGCAACAUUUGAAAGAACUUAAAUGCAUUACUGUGUAAAUGUUAGAAAAGAAUUAAAAUCAUUCCUCUGAUUUAACAGCUGCCUCCAGUGAGAUAGCUGAACAAAGAGUGUGAUUGUUAUUCCAUAUACUUGAUAUUGGUCAUCCAGGAUGUUGAAAAUACUGACAAAUUGUUUUGGUUGAUUUAUGACCUCAAUCUCCUUAUGAAUGGGAGCUGGUAAAGCUUUUGUUUUGUAGGCCAAUUUUAUGUUGAUAAUGCUACUGAAAGUAUCUUAAAAACAGGAGUUUGACACAUGGUGUCCAAAAUUGUGCAUUAUCUCAAUGAAAGGCUAUGCAUUGCUGCUUUUAGUAAUAUUUUGCUUAUACUAUGCUUUUCUUAAUUUUACAAGUUGGUUGUAAACAUAUUAUGUCCUUUAUUAUAAACUACUCAGCAAUUUAUUUUAAUGUACAACUGCAGGAAACUUGAGUAGCAUCCCUUAGCAUUGAAGCCUUUUUAUGAAACCAAACUGAACUUUGUGUCAACUAAGAUUCCUCCAAUUCUGGUACCAUUUUCUCAAAGUGCCUUUUUUACAGUAACAAUGAACAGUCCCUUCUUUUGCUAAGUCCUUUUAAUUGACCCCAUUUGAGAUUUUAUAAACUUCUGAACUUCUACCUUUUAUUUUAAGCUGCAUGCCAAGAGUCCCAUUUUGUGCUGAGCAUUUCUCAUUUCAAUACAGUGUAUUCUGUAGCUAUCAUGUAUAUUGUGGAUUCUGUUUAGCCAGGAUAGACUUAGAAGACAUUUUAAAGGGCCCAGAGUAGCCAAGAAGAUAGUUUCAGUGACUGUAUAUAUUGUUAGUUUCCUCUGGAAUCCCAUGAGCUAAUCAUGCUCAUAUAAAAUGGACUAUCGACCGAGCAAGUGGACUGAAUGUGUCUAAAAAAAUAGGGGAAAAAACAAAUGUACUAUCCAAAAGUGCCAGAUUUACUCUUCUGUGCUUUUUCCAUACAGAGCUGCUUGGUUAUCCAAAAAUUAUAAUUGAAAAUAAACUGCAAAAAGUA